AUGGCCCCCCCGGCGCCGCCCGCCCUGCCCUGGCUGCUCGCCGCCUGCUGCCUCUGCGCCCUCCCGCGGGGCUCAGGGUUCCCCCAGCCUUUCUCACGCUACAGGGACGGCGUGGACCUGCCCAAAAGCCAGCAACUGGCACUGUGUUUCAGUCAGUGGAUGAAACUGUCUGAUCAACCCCAGAUCUCCAGCACUGUUUUGGAUCUCUGUUAUUCCAUAUUCAACAGCAUGCAUACAAAUGAGGAAUCACAGAUUGCUGCUACAAAGUUUACAAAGAAGGAUAGUCAUGGGACUCUGGGACGGCCUUUUUUCCUUUUCAGGCCUCGAAAUGGAAGAACUAUCAAAAGCAAUGAGGGUGUAAAUUGUACUUGGAACACAAAAGCUAGCCAGGUCCUUCACCUUGAUAAAUAUGUGGACUCUGCUACAAGAGGCUUUCAGUCACCUAAUCCUAUAAUACCAAGGAAUAUGAAGUUUAUGGGUCGAUUUACCAGCUCGAUGCCUCGGUUUAUACAAAGAAAGGAGAAUUCCCAUUGCACUGGUUGUCUAUUAUGUGACUCGGUUGUCUGGAAUUUGCUGUUCCAUGUAAUAAAUUUGCAAUCAUUAAUUCUUCUUGUCCUUUUUUAUUGA